GAAAGUGAUUGGACCAGGGCACUGACCAAUCACUCGGUGCCCUGGGGAAAUGAUUGGUCCAAAAUGAACAUCAGUAAGGACCAAUCAAAGCGCCCAAAUUCCACCAAUCGGUGCGCGGAUCCAAAACCCACCAAUCCUGGACCAGGGACUGUUAUGAAAAGGGGGGCUUUGAGUUCUUCGGGGUGCUUUCGGGUUUAUUCCUGUUGGUGUGCGGUUUGUUUGCGGAAGAACCCAACGUGUGCUUAAGAUGUUGUUCUAGAUUUUGAGCUGUUGUGUGUGGAUUCUGAGCUUAUCUCAGGUCCUCUGUCCUCUCUGGCUUGUUUUAAUAAACGAGAGCCUUUUUCAACCACUUUCUGAAAAUUGGCCUUGUUGGAUUUUUAACAACAUGGUUUCCUUCACUGGCAUCCCCAGGGGUCCUUGUAGAGAAAGAGCAGGAGCAGAUUGCUUUAUCAGAGAUACCAUGCCAGGCUCAGGGAGAGCUGUUCCCAGCCCGAGAGCAGGAAGAGCAGCUCAGGCAGCAGGUGGAAGGGCCAGAGCAGAAUGGCCAGACCAUCAAGGAAGAUGUGCAGGCGGAGCUGCAGGAAUCUGAGGAUAGGAACAAGGAAAGGGUGAGGAGGCUGGAGGAAGAAAUGAAAAUCAUCAGAGAGAAACUUAACCGCCUCCCUUGGGCUCUACAAAAGCAAGUGACAAAAGCAACAGCCAUCUCUCCCCUGGCUCCCUCUGCUCCUGGAGAAGAUGCCAAAAAGGAGCAAAAUGAGCAGGAUAACCACAUGCGCCCAGCCGUGGUCACAGCCCAGCCUGAUCAUCCCAAGAGAGUCCUUGUAGAGAAAGAGCCAGAGCAGAUUGCUUUAUCAGAGAUACCAUGCCAGGCUCAGGGAGAGCUGUUCCCAGCCCGAGAGCAGGAAGAGCAGCUCAGGCAGCAGGUGGAAGGGCCAGAGCAGAAUGGCCAGAACAUCAAGGCAGAGCCAGAAGCAGAGCUGCCCGAAGCUCAGAGUGCCAUCAUGGCAGUGGAGAGGAGGAAGAAGGAAGACAUGAGAAGAAUUCAAGAGGAGAUUCAUCUCCACCAGCACAGGGGCGAUCAACAAAAACAUGUAAGUGAAAGAGUGGCAGCCACUCCACCCAUGAAACAGCGUGUUUAUUCUUGGUUACAGACCAUCAAGGAAGAUGUGCAGGCGGAGCUGCAGGAAUCUGAGGAUAGGAACAAGGAAAGGGUGAGGAGGCUGGAGGAAGAAAUGAAAAUCAUCAGAGAGAAACUUAACCGCCUCCCUUGGGCUCUACAAAAGCAAGUGACAAAAGCAACAGCCAUCUCUCCCCUGGCUCCCUCUGCUCCUGGAGAAGAUGCCAAAAAGGAGCAAAAUAAGCAGGACAACCACAUGCGCCCAGCCGUGGUCACAGCCCAGCCUGAUCAUCCCAAGAGAACCAUCAAGGAAGAUGUGCAGGCAGAGCUGCAGGAAUCUGAGGAUAGGAACAAGGCAAGGGUGAGGAGGCUGGAGGAAGAAAUGAAAAUUGUCAGAGAGGAAGUUAAUCCCCUCCUUCAGGCUCUACAAAAUCAAGUGCAAGUGUCGACAUCUCACCUGGCAGCCUGCAAAGACUUCCAGCAAACAAUGGGCAAUGAAGGGCCCCAAGGUUGGUGUGAGGCACAGGAACUGUCCCCACCAGAAGUGCGACAGGUUCAGCACACCAUGGGCUUUGGCAUUAAACCUGCUGCUGCAGCAGCAUUACCUGGAGGAAGAUAUACUGUUGAAUCUUGGAAGUCAAGUUCCAACGGUUCGUUCAUCACCAGUUCUGACAGCAGCAUGGCUGCUCCAAAACCAGAGAUUGAGAAGGGGUACCUGGAGAUUGUGGGUAUGUCUGGUGUAUUUCUUGCCUGAGGGACAGUGCACUCUGUGCAGGUGUCAGCAGAGCUGUACCAAAUGCUCCUCCUGACUUUGGUGUCCCACUGGGGACAUUCAGGACUCCCCAGAGGAAGUGCUGUGCUCCGAGGCAUUAAGAGAGCGCUCUGGGUGUUCCUGCUGCCUCUGAGGGCAGCUUGGACUGACUUGGCUUUGCCUGAGCUUCCCUCUCUGCUGAAGGCUGAAGCAGCGAUUGUUCUUGAACCAGAUGAAGUCUGUGAGCUAGCAAAUCAUCUGGACAAGUCCUGUGUGCCAGUGGCCAAACAGAACAGAAUCUUUAGCUUCCUAGAUUCUCCGUAGACUCCUGACUUCCAACUAGCCAUCAGAGCAAAUAAACCUCACACAAAUUC